AUGUACAUUAUGUUAGAUGUUAGUUACUUGACUGUGUAUAUCUAUAAAAGGGUGAUUUAUGAGGGUGCUCUAAGGAGAGGAAUGCCUGGUAGAGGCAUAGCUAACACGGGAUUGGCAGGGGCUGUGCUUUGGGAAAUGUGCCAGUGUGUUGUUUCAAGUCAGGGGAGUAAUCCAAGUUUUCGCCAACAAGAUGCAGCUGUCAAUGUGCAAGUUAAUUUGCAGGCUAGCACAAGCACUUCUACUAAGAGGGUUUCAGUCCACAACAUUAGUUCCGAACGUAAAGAAGAAUGUGAUGAUGAUGAUCAAACUCGAGAAGUGUCACUUCCAAGAGAGAGAAGCUUUAAUGGUAGGUUUAUGCUGCAAUUCAAUGGCUUUUGGUGCCCCGAAUCUAUGCUUCAACCUGUAAUAGCCUUCCAGAAGCACUUCCAGUCGAAGAACAAUGAUAUGCUCUUGGCAACCUUGCCCAAAGCAGGCACAACAUGGUUGAAAGCCAUUGUUUUUAGCAUUGGUAACCGUAGCCGUUAUGCUUUGAUUAAAAGCACAAGCCCUCAUGCACUGGUGCCUUUCGAGUGGAACCCUUUGGACCAGUUUAUCUCCUUAUGGCAAUUUAUGCAACAAAAUGAGGUUACGGCAAAGAAAGGCAUUGCAUUUGAUGAAGCUCUCGAGUUAUUUCUCCAGGGGAAACAAUUUUUUGGGCCCUUUUGGGACCAAAGGCUGGGAUAUUGGAAUGCAAGUUCAAAGAACCCUGAGAAGGUACUGUUUCUCAAAUACGAGGGUCUUAAAAGGGAUACAAUAUUGGGUCUGAAAGAGAUUGCUAAGUUCCUAGAUUUUCCUUUUCCCAGUGAGGAAGAGAAUAAUGGGUUGAUUGAAGAUAUUGCUGAGCUGUGUAGGUUUGAGAGUCUUGAGAAUAUGGAAGUGAACAAGUCUGGCAAGAUGGAUCCAGAGAACAAUUGCCAAUUUUACCUUUUCUUUAUGAUGUUCGUCAACAAAAACUUGAGUUAG